GUGGUGCCCCGAGACUAGUGAAGGGAGCGCGGCGGUUACUCUGGUUACUACGGAAACGCCGCGCAGGCGAUGCUGCUGGAGACGCCGUAGGGAGCCGCCGCCACCGCCCUCUGGGGGAGCUCACUGGAGACCUCCGUCCACCGCGGGGAAAAGAGGUCGCGGACCGGAAGGUUCGGAGGCUGGCAAAACGGGAUCCGCUGCCAAGGAGAACUUCUCGAGGUAGGGGAUGCGCUUCCCUGUCCUUGAGCUGCAGCCUUGAAACCAAGUCCUUCUUUGGAGGGGAGAAGGCAGCUCGGCAGUUUCCCCCUUGACCGUGGUCUGCGCACCUGGCUGUCCCUCCGGGAGAGGAAUCUGACUCUGCGCUUGCCCCGGCAGCGCUAUCUUAAGAGGAGAGGCGGCAUUUGUCGCAGAGUCAAGAUAUUUCUUUGAUUCCCCUCCCCCCACCUCAUUCUCUCCUCCGAGGACACCUGAUGCUGGUGAGAGAGAACAGUUUUACAGCACGACGAGCCAACAUCAGAAUUAAAAAUAUCGCCCGCGACAGCGCCCAGGAAAAACCCAUCUAAAAAAAAAGUGGAAGAAAUGGAUUGCCUGAAAGAGGAGAGUCUAACUGUUGGAACAGGUGAUUUUUAAAUACUACUUUCUAAGUCCCGUACAACCUCCUCCCUUUCAGAUACUUUUAUACUAACUUUUUUUAUGAUUUUCUAAGUCUGACUUGAAUUGUAAUCCUGUGACGGUGUUUACGAGAAGUUGGGCCGGUUCCCCGUGUCUCUUUUGGGAACACAUUUUGGGGAGAACCUUCGAUCACCAAAACCCUACAAGGAAAACAAGAUCUCAGCAUCAACCGGUGCUACCAAAGGAGGCCUUGAACCAUGUGGACUUUUCUUGGCCUUGCCACUUUCACCUAUUUUUAUAAGAAAAGCGGGGACUUAAUCACUUUGGCCAACAAGGAGCUCUUGUUAUGCGUGCUGGUCUUUCUUUCGCUGGGCCUGGUACUCUCCUACCGCUGUCGCUACCGAAGCGGGGCCCUCCCGGGACGCCAGCAGAGUGGAUCCCAGUUCGCAGUCUUCUUGGAUAUUCUGUCAGCUUUGCCUUUCAUUGGCUUCUUCUGGGCCAAAUCCCCCACGGGAACAGAAAAUAAGGAGCAGCUCGGCUCUAGGAAGUGCGAAAAAGGAACCGGUAUUUCAGAAACCACCUUAAUAGAAGCAGCUGCCUCUACAUCGAUAUCUUCUCAAAAUGAUCCAGAAGUUAUCAUUGUGGGAUCUGGUGUACUUGGCUCUGCUUUGGCAGCGGUGCUCUCCAGAGAUGGAAGAAAGGUGACAGUAAUUGAGAGAGAGUUAAAAGAGCCUGACAGGAUAGUUGGAGAAUUUCUGCAGCCAGGUGGUGUUUGUGUCCUUAAAGACCUUGGUCUUGAAGAUACAGUGGAAGAUAUUGGUGCCCAGGAUGUAGAUGGCUACAUGCUUCAUGAUCAGGAAAGCAAAUCAACUGUUCAUAUUCCUUACCCUCUAUUAGAAAACAAUCAAGUGCAGAAUGGGAGGGCUUUCCAUCAUGGAAAGUUCAUCAUGAGUCUCCGGAAAGCAGCCAUGGCAGAGCCCAAUACAAAGUUUAUCGAGGGCAUUGUGCUGCAGUUACUAGAAGAAGAUGAUGCUGUGGUUGGAGUUCAGUACAGGGACAGAGAAACUGGAGACAUCAAGGAACUCCGUGCUCCAUUGACUGUUGUUGCAGAUGGACUUUUUUCCAAGUUCAGGAAAAAUCUCAUCUCUGAUAAAGUUUCUGUUCCAUCUCAUUUUGUUGGCUUGCUUAUGAAGAAUGCACCACAGUUUAAAGCAAAUCAUGCUGAACUUGUUUUAGCUAAUUCAGGUCCAGUUCUCAUCUACCAGAUUUCAUCUAAUGAAACUCGAGUACUUGUUGACAUUCGAGGAGAACUGCCAAGAAAUUUAAGAGAAUACAUGACUGAAAAAAUUUACCCACAAUUACCUGAUCACUUGAAAGAACCAUUCCUAGAAGCUGCUCAGAAUUCUCGUUUGAGGUCCAUGCCAGCAAGCUUCCUUCCUUCUUCACCAGUAAAUAAACGAGGUGUUCUGAUUUUGGGAGAUGCAUAUAACAUAAGGCAUCCUCUUACUGGAGGAGGAAUGAGUGUUGUUUUUAAUGAUAUAAAAAUAUGGAGAAAAUUGCUAAAGUCUAUCCCAGACCUUUAUGAUGAUGCAGCUAUUUUGCAGGCCAAAAAAUCAUUCUAUUGGACAAGAAAAAGGUCUCAUUCCUUUGUUGUGAAUAUUCUUGCUCAGGCUCUUUAUGAAUUAUUUUCAGGAGCAGAUGAUUCUCUACAGCAACUAAGAAAAGCCUGUUUUCUGUAUUUCAAACUGGGCGGAGUGUGUGUUGCUGGUCCUGUCGGGCUGCUUUCUGUACUGUCUCCUAACCCUGUGACUUUAAUUAGACACUUUUUUGCUGUUGCAGUCUAUGCCACGUAUUUUUGCUUUAAAUCGGAACCUUGGAUUACGAAACCCCGAGCCAUUGUCAGUAGUGGUGUUGUAUUGUACAAAGCAUGUUCUGUGCUAUUUCCCCUAAUUUACUCAGAAAUAAAGUACUUUGUUCAUUCAGCUUAAAGGGGAACCACUUGUGAAUGAAUAUUCGGAAGUCACCAAGUCCUUAGACACUGCUGGAAGAUUUACACAGCAUUGUACUGUACCAGUCCUAAAGCAGAAACUCUUGGACCAAGAUUGGGAAUAAUCUGUUUCUGAAAUAAUUUGUAUAUAAACAUGUAAAUAUAUACUUUAACUUGCGAUUUAAAAUGAAGAGUCAAAUAAGAUAGAAUAUUUAAAAGAAAUGUUGUUACCAUAGAAUAGUGCCAAUACUGAGAACAGUUUUUCUUUUGAAGUUGAUAUUCGGGAUUAGUUAUUGUGGGACACAAAUAAAAUGGCAACUGAACCCUCA